AGGUUGAACCUAGACGCAUGCGCCCAAAGCGCAGGGUGUGAGAUGGGUGGACCCAUCGCUUCCCGCUCUCUCCUCCCAGAGCGCUUGCGGCAGUCUCGCGGGAUUUCCCCCUCUCGCGGCAAUUAUUUGAACGUUCGGGCGGUAAAGACUCCCGGGGCUGUCAAAGAAGACUCCGCGGAGGGCUCUGCCUCUGGGUUGGCGGGCGGGCAGGCUGUAGCCGAGCGCGGGCAGGACUCGUCCCAGCAGGGUUCCAGAGCCAUGGGAGCGGAAAAGAGGCUGCUGUCGAUUAAGGAGGCCUUUCGGCUGGCGCAGCAUCCGCACCAGAACCAGGCGAAGCUGGUGGUGGCGCUGAGCCGCACCUACCGCACGAUGGAUGAUAAAACAGUUUUUCAUGAGGAGUUCAUUCAUUAUCUUAAAUAUGUUAUGGUGGUCUAUAAACGUGAACCAGCUGUGGAGAGGGUAGUAGAAUUUGCAGCAAAGUUUGUUACCUCAUUUCACCAAUCUGAUAUGGAAGAUGAUGAGGAAGAGGAAGAUGGUGGCCUUUUAAAUUAUUUGUUUACUUUUCUCUUAAAGUCUCAUGAAGCAAACAGCAAUGCAGUGAGAUUUAGAGUGUGUCAGCUCAUAAACAAGCUUUUGGGAAGUAUGCCAGAAAAUGCUCAGAUUGAUGAUGAUGUGUUUGAUAAAAUUAAUAAAGCCAUGCUUAUUAGAUUGAAAGAUAAGAUUCCAAAUGUGAGAAUACAGGCAGUUCUGGCGCUUUCACGACUUCAGGAUCCCAAGGAUGAUGAAUGCCCAGUGGUUAAUGCAUAUGCUACUUUGAUUGAAAAUGAUUCAAAUCCAGAAGUUAGACGGGCAGUGUUAUCAUGUAUUGCACCAUCAGCAAAGACUUUGCCAAAAAUUGUAGGGCGCACCAAGGAUGUGAAAGAGGCUGUUAGAAAGCUGGCUUAUCAGGUUUUAGCUGAAAAGGUUCAUAUGAGAGCUAUGUCCAUUGCUCAGAGAGUAAUGCUCCUUCAACAAGGUCUUAAUGACCGAUCAGAUGCUGUGAAACAAGCUAUGCAGAAGCAUCUUCUCCAAGGCUGGUUACGGUUCUCUGAAGGAAAUAUCUUACAGUUGCUUCAUCGGUUGGAUGUAGAAAAUUCUUCUGAAGUGGCAGUCUCUGUUCUCAAUGCCUUGUUUUCAAUGACUCCUUUCAGUGAACUGGUGGGACUUUGUAAAAACAAUGAUAGCAGGAAAUUGAUUCCAGUGGAAACAUUAACUCCUGAAAUUGCUUUGUAUUGGUGUGCUCUUUGUGAAUAUUUGAAAUCAAAAGGAGAUGAAGGUGAAGAAUUUUUAGAGCAGAUUUUGCCAGAGCCUGUAGUAUAUGCAGACUAUUUACUGAGUUAUAUGCAGAGCAUUCCAGUUGUUAAUGAAGAACACAGAGGUGAUUUUUCCUAUAUUGGAAAUUUGAUGACAAAAGAAUUCAUAGGUCAACAAUUGAUUCUAAUUAUUAAAUCUUUGGAUACCAAUGAAGAAGGAGGAAGAAAAAAACUGCUGGCUGUUUUACAGGAGAUUCUUACUUUACCCACAAUCCCAGUAUCCCUGGUUUCUUGUCUUGUUGAAAGACUACUCCACAUCAUUAUAGAUGAUAAUAAGAGAACACAAAUUGUUACAGAAAUUAUCUCAGAGAUUCGGGCGCCCAUUGUUACUGUUGGUGUUACUGAUGAUCCAGCUGAUGUGAGAAAGAAAGAACUCAAGAUGGCUGAAAUAAAAGUUAAGCUUAUUGAAGCCAAAGAAGCUUUGGAAAAUUGCAUUACCUUACAGGAUUUUAAUCGGGCAUCAGAAUUAAAAGAAGAAAUAAAAGCAUUAGAAGAUGCCAGAAUAAACCUUUUGAAAGAAACAGAGCAACUUGAAAUUAAAGAAGUCCACAUAGAGAAGAAUGAUGCUGAAACAUUGCAGAAAUGUCUUAUUUUAUGCUAUGAACUGUUGAAGCAGAUGUCCAUUUCAACAGGCUUAAGUGCAACCAUGAAUGGAAUCAUCGAAUCUUUGAUUCUUCCUGGAAUAAUAAGUGUUCAUCCUGUUGUAAGAAACCUGGCUGUUUUAUGCUUGGGAUGCUGUGGACUACAGAAUCAGGAUUUUGCAAGUAAACACUUUGUAUUACUAUUGCAGGUUUUGCAAAUUGAUGAUGUCACAAUAAAAAUAAGUGCUUUAAAGGCAAUCUUUGACCAACUGAUGAUGUUUGGGAUUGAACCAUUUAAAACUAAAAAAGUCGAAACACUUCAUUGUGAAGGUACAGAAAUAAACAGUGAUGAUGAGCAAGAACCAAAAGAAGUUGAAGAGACUGCUACAGCUAAGAAUGUUCUGAAACUCCUGUCUGAUUUCUUAGAUAGUGAGAUAUCUGAACUUAGGACUGGAGCUGCGGAAGGACUAGCCAAGCUGAUGUUCUCUGGGCUUUUGGUCAGCAGCAGGAUUCUUUCUCGUCUUAUUUUGUUGUGGUACAAUCCUGUGACUGAAGAGGAUGUUCGACUUCGACAUUGCCUCGGCGUGUUCUUCCCCAUUUUUGCUUAUGCAAGCAGGACUAAUCAGGAAUGCUUUGAAGAAGCUUUUCUUCCAACCCUGCAAACACUGGCCAAUGCCCCUGCAUCUUCUCCUUUAGCUGAAAUUGAUAUCACAAAUGUUGCUGAGUUACUCGUAGAUUUGACAAGACCAAGUGGAUUAAAUCCUCAGACCAAGACUUCCCAAGAUUAUCAGGCCUUAACAGUACAUGACAAUUUGGCUAUGAAAAUUUGCAAUGAGAUCUUAACAAAUUCGUGCUCACCAGAAAUUCGAGUCUAUACAAAAGCCUUGAGUUCUUUAGAACUCAGUAGCCAUCUUGCAAAAGAUCUUCUGGUUCUAUUGAAUGAGAUUCUGGAGCAAGUAAAAGAUAGGACAUGUCUGAGAGCUUUGGAGAAAAUCAAGAUUCAGUUAGAAAAAGGAAGUAAAGAAUUUGGUGACCAAGCUGAAGUAGCACAGGAUGCCAGCUUGACUACAACUACUUUUCAAAACGAAGAUGGACAGAGAAAAGUGACAGUUUCAGCUAGGACGAACAGGAGGCGUCAGACUGCUGAGGCCGACUCUGAAAGUGAUCAUGAAGUUCCAGAACCAGAAUCAGAAAUGAAGAUGAGACUACCAAGACGAGCCAAAACAGCAGCGCUAGAAAAAAGUAAACUUAAUUUUGCACAAUUUCUCAAUGAAGAUGUAAGUUAGGAAAGAUGAUGGAGGUGGAAUCCUUUAAGAUUAUAUCCAGUUAUUUGCUUUAAUAAAGUCAACCUUGUCAAAAUUAGAACAAACCUGACAUCUUUCUGAAGAUUUUCUGCUAUGCGCUUCCAUAUUACUUUGGCCUGUAUUAAAGCAUUAGGAUAGCAUCAGUUAUUAUAGUCCAGAACAAAUCUGCAUCACACGGAUUUAUCAGAAUUUGAGGUGGGCCUAGGAAUCUCGUUUUUAAAUAGCCUCUCCAAGUGAUUCUUAUGAACUCUUUAUGUUUAAAAUCAUGUCAUUAGGGAAAACUUUCAACUGUGACUAGCUAGUAGCUUGCAUUUGAGAAGCUUAUGACUUAGAUGGGCAGAAUCAAUGAAGAUGAAACCGCCUGAGGACAUAUUUAACAAGUAACGUGUCAAGGGAACAUGAAGGAAGUGCCACAAACUGGCUAGGAGGAGCUUAUCACCAGUGAGGAAGACCAGUAUAACGUUCAACAGUUAUUUUAACAAUCUUAUUUUGUGAUUCCUACAGUGAAAACAUUUUUGAUGAUGCUAUCUGCCUAGGAAAUCUCUCUUCCUAAAGUAUUUGCAUAUGGGAGUCCUUGUUUGUGAAUGUUUCCUGGGUUAGGGAAGUGUCAACAUAAAUGUAUAUUAACCAUGAAGCUGCUCUCUAUAUUUUUGGCAUAAUAAAAUAAUAUUUACUGUGGAUAAUAAUUCUAGUGGUAAAAUAAUGUGACAGGAAGUUCUCUUUAUAUAUGCUACCAAUUUAUGAGCACUAUGUCAAUUUCAUUUCUUGUCUUUUGAAAUUGACACUUGACCUGACUUAUGAAACUUGUACUGUAUGAAACUGGUCCUCUUUUCUGCAAUACCCAACAAAACACCUUUUCUCUUUAUUAUUCAGAAAUGUCCUAACAUGGAUCUGUUUAAAUAAUUGUGCUUUUUUAGGCUUAUUUAUUAGAAGCCAUUUACUUAAAGUGAAAUUUUAAGAUGGAGCUAAAGUAAGAUCACUGGUUUUUAGAACCAAAUUGCUAUACAUAUGUGCCUCAUAGAACUUAUAAAAGGAGUCAAAGUUACAAAGCAAGAUAGUUAUUAAGCAAAAGGAAAAAUGGUAAUGAUAGAGUCAGUUAAAAAUAUAUGAUUGUUCUUCAUUCUGUUUGUUGGCUCUGUGUUCUCCUGUGCUUCAAAUUCCUUAUGCAUUGUUAUUUUAAAGAUAAUUUGCAGGGAGUUGGGAGGACUGAAAAGGUACAUUAAGUGUGCUGUAAGGAAAAGUCUUAGAAACAUAAUAAACUAAAAUCCCAUUCACACAUGGCCAGGCUAUCCAAAAAGAAAGAAGCCAUGUUCUCAUGUGGUUCACCAUAGUUUGCUUUCUGUGGCAUGGGAAAAACAAAUUUAAGCACCAAA